AUGCAAUUUCUACGAUUUCUAAUAAUCACUUAUUUGUUAAUCUUAUUCAAUCCAUGUCAUGGUUUAAUCCACUUCUAUUCAGAAGUGGGUAAUCGGAAAUGCUUCUAUAAAGAAUUAUCUAAAGGUUCAUUAUUAAUUGGAAAAUAUAAAUUAGAUAUCUUAGAUCCCGAUACAAAUAUUUAUUAUAGUCCAAGAGAUAAAGUUAAUAUUGGCGUUAUCAUUGAUGUAGAAGAAACUUUUGAUUCAAACCAUAGAGUUGUUCAUCAAAGAGGUUCAUCAAAUGGUCAAUUUACUUUUAGUUCUUUAGAUUCAGGUGAACAUCGAAUUUGUAUAACUCCAAAAAGUUUUUAUGCUAAAUCUUGGUAUGGCGGUACAAAUAAAAAAUUACUUCAAAAUGAAUAUACUGAAAAAGAUCUGAAUUUUAAAUCAAGUCGAAUUUUAAUUGAUUUUAUAAUUGGUGAUUCAAAUUCAAUUGAUUCAAGUCAUAAUAAUAAAGUUCAAUCAUUAUCAGAUAAUGUUAAUAAAUUAAAUGAUAAAUUAUCUGAUAUAAGAAGAGAACAAAAAUUUAUAAGAGAAAAGGAAGCUAAUUUUAGAGAUUUAUCAGAAAGAACUUGUGAAACUGUUGUUAGAUGGAUGGUUAUUCAAGUUAUAUCAUUAUUAAUUACUUGUAUAUAUCAAAUGAUUUCUUUACUGAAAUUCUUUAUAAAGCAAAAAGUUGCUUAA